AUGGUGCACGUUUGGAAAGCUUCCGGGGAUCAAGUGGCUACGUUAUCACUGGCAGAUGUUGGCAGUGUGCGUGCACUGAAGCAGCGCUUGCAGAAGCUUUGCGAAGUGUCACGGUUCAGGCAAAGACUGCUCCUUCAUGGAGAAACUUUGGCUGAUGAGGCUCAGCUUGCCUCGUCGUCAGGGGCCCUUGACCUACAGCUGGUGCUGUUGCCCUUUGUCUCCACGGACGUCUGGGACGUUCACCACCUCACGAACAAGGUUGCGACGGGCUCGGAAAGACAGGUCGAGGAGAUCUUGUCGCGACCGCAAGAUCCCAACCUCUUGGACAUCUGGGGUAACAUGACGCCCCUGAUCGCGGCGUCCCUGCGGAAUCGGCCUGGAAUGGCCCGCCUGCUGCUGGAGGCUGGCGCAGAGGUGAACUUUGUCGACGACCUCGGCAAGAGUCCGCUGAGCAUCGCGUGCGAGUCGUCUGCUGGGACAGAGAUGGUGGAGAUUCUUUUGAAUGCCAGAGCUGAUACCGAACGAUGCGAUGUCUCCUCAAGGACACCUCUUUGGUUCGCAGCCUUCGAAGGUCAUGCCGGCAUCGUGAAGCUCUUGCUCAGCUGCAGGGCAAGAACCGAUACUCUGGAUGACAACGGUGGCACACCUCUGCUGGUCGCUUCGCAACGUGGCUUCGGGGAAGUAGUUCGCUUGCUUGUAGAGGCUGGGGCAGACAAGAGAGCAGUCGACAAUGACGGCUACUCCCCCGUCGCAAGUGCCCAGAAGUAUGGCCAUGUAGACAUCGUCCGCAUGCUUGCAGAUGAGAGCAACCAGAGCUCCGUGCUCUCUGACAGCUCGCGCAGGCCUCGCAAGAGACCUGCAGCCGUGCUCAAGAGGCCAGCGAAAGCGAAACGCCAGCCAGCUGCAGACGCCCGACAAGUUUUGAAAAUGGUAGUCGAGCGG